CAUUCAAUUCCAAAAAUUUCAAGAAUACUGGUCCAAGUUAGCAUUACAUGCGCUAGUCCUCCUUCAAGCCUAUGUGUUAUUCACGAGGGAUCCAUGGCGGAGAGGCUGGGAGGGAUUGGCCCAUCAAGCCGAUUAUUAGACGCGUUGAACAUCUUGAGUCCGGUGCGAAACUCCGGUAUGUUCCCGGUGAAACCGUUGUUUUCGAGCCGGAGCUCCAGGAGCCUCGGCGUGGUCGCCAGCGACGUGGGAAUCCUCCCGGUAAACCGGUUGUUCGCCAGGUGAACUUUCUUCAAAGAACCCAUGCCGGAAAAAGCAUCGUCGCCGAUCUCCCCGCUAAAUCUGUUGCCGGACAAGAACAGAGACUUGAGCGUCCCCAAUUUCCUCCAGUCCGGCAUCAACCCUUCAAAUCCGUUGUUCUCGAAGCUCAGAAACCGGAGGAAUCUCAGCGCCGCGAGGGCAUCGACGUCGACGUCUCCGGACAGACCCAACCCGUCGAGCUGGAGGCCCAUUACGUCUCCGUUCAGGCAGAGGACGCCUUUCCAGUUCCCCGCGUUGCCGGAGCACGGGCUGGUCGACGUGUUCCACGAGAUCAGGACCCGGUCCACGGCGGCGCCGUUGGUGGAUGAUAUGAGGUUUUCAUCUCCCUCUUCUGGACAAGGGAUGGAUCCGUCGAUGAAUCCAAUUUUCCGUUUUGCACGGAAUGCAAUUCUCAUUGCACGAGCCCAUUCUUCAUAAUUAUCACCGUUUAGUUUGACUUGGGUGAUAAUUAAUCCAGGUGUGUCUGCGUUCUUGAGUUC